AUGCAUCUCCAGAAAAUUUAUGGAAGAUUGCCAUCGCGGGGUCAUCUUCUUGGCCAUCAACUUGAGGAUAGAAAGUAUUUCGAUUCCGGCGACUUUGCACUUUCACAGGCCCACAGACCUUCAAGCAUAGGCGCCGUUUCUACAGGGAGUCAACAACCACGUCGGGAGACUGUAUCCCAGCCGUUUUGUCCCGUACCCAGCCAGAGCAACGUUGACGAGGGCGCAAAUAAGGGCCUACAAGAGGCGGGGAACGAGGGCGACACGGAAAAUAAGAGUCACCUUUGCGAGAUGAUGGAUCAAAAGACUGAAAACCCCUUAGUGAAGCCGGAGAAGACGACAGAGGCUACGCGCGUGUAG